AUGGCAGCUGUAUUUUUCAUUAGUAAAUUAAUAAACUGGCUGCCUGGGUCUAUACACAUCUGUUAAGGGAAGCCCACCCCCAGAGUGGGGCCAACUCUGUGCCUCCUUAAUUGAGAUUCUGAGUGUGCAAGGACAAGCCCCGGCCACAGUCCAGGUGCCAAGGAGCCUUGUCCCAGACUCUUCUUGGCAGAACUGGCCAGCCCUCCUAAGGGGUAGACUGGCUCUGUGAAUUGGAGCUCCCUGGUCAGACGGCCGGAAUCAUCUGUACAGAAGGGUAUGGCCGUGCCAGGUUCCAGUGAGCCUUCCAAGUUCCACAUUCUGUGUCAGACUCCCGGCGCCAGACCAAAGGCGGCUCCUGGCAGGGAACCGGGAGGGAGCAGACAUUAGCGAUACUCUGGAAACUUUGUUCUACAUUGAAGACACGAGAAGGUCCACGCGCCCUCCCUCUGCCCCCAUUCCUGAGAGCAGCCAUGGCCCUGACUGACAUAGAUGUGCAGAAACAGAUCAAGCACAUGAUGGCGUUCAUCGAGCAGGAAGCCAACGAGAAGGCGGAGGAGAUAGACGCCAAGGCAGAGGAAGAGUUCAACAUCGAGAAAGGCCGCCUGGUGCAGACCCAGCGGCUGAAGAUCAUGGAUUAUUUUGAGAAGAAGGAGAAACAGAUAGAGCAGCAGAAAAAAAUCCAGCUGUCCACCAUGAGAAACCAGGCUCGGAUCACAGUCCUGAGAGCCCGAGACAAUCUCAUCUUGGAACUGCUCAAAGAGGCGAAGAUGAGGCUCAGUAGAAUCGUGUCGGAUGAAGAGUUCUACCAAGAUCUGCUGGAUAAGCUCGUGCUCCAAGCUUUGCUCCGGCUGCUGGAGCCGGUGAUGAUUGUCCGAUGCAGAGAACAGGACUUCUACCUGGUGCAGUCUGCCCUGCUAAGAGCCAUCCCUCAGUACAUGAUGCUCUGCCAGAAGCAUUUGGAGGUCCAGAUUGAUCAAACUGAAUACUUGUCUUCCAAUGCUGCCGGAGGUGUGGAGGUCUAUAGCAGCGAUCGGAAAAUAAAGGUUUCCAAUACCCUAGAAAGCCGACUGAAUCUCGCAGCCAUGCAGAAUAUGCCAGAGAUACGAAGGACUUUGUUUGGGGAUAAUUCUAACAGGAAGUUCUUUACAUAAGGCUCUGGGAAGGGAAGCCCGGGUUGAACUGCAGAGUCUUAAAAGUCUAAGUCAUUUGGACAAAGGGGAACUGGGGGAGGGGUGUCACCUUCCUCUCUGUUCCUCCUCUGCAGUCAUUUCCUACCUUUGAAUAGCUAAGAGGGUUAUACAUUGGCAACUUCAAAAUAAAUCCCAAAUUACGCUCAGAAAU